UGACAAGGUACCUCUUAGCAAUUUGGUUAGUGGCAAGAGCUAUAUUCAGUUUUGCCAUCGCAAGUCUCUACAAAGAAUUUUUGGAUUGUGUGGGAACGCUGGGGCAGAAUUAGAAGGAAUUCUCGUACGGGGCUACACUUGAAGCGCCAAGGUCCGAUACACGAGGAGAUGUGAUGUGGAGCCAGACUUUGUUGCUGAACAUACUGACCCGUCUAGAAAGGGUGUGGACAGUGGAUCCAGGACCAUUCAGCUGACGCUGUGAAAAGCAGUGCAAGCAGUGGAAGUGGAGUAGGAGUGUGGUACACAGGAAGGAGAAAUGGAGAGAUCGGAGAAGAAAUUAAUCAACUGUGGAGAGGACGAUGAGAUGGAGAUCUUUGGCUACAGCUUUUGUAGCUGGAAGCUGGCACUGGUAGUGCUGGCAACGGUGCUGACCGGUGGUCUCUUUCUCCUCGUCCUAUACUGGCUUCCAGAAUGGAGCGUGAAGUGGACAUGUAUGGAAGUGCAAUUGAAGGAUGCCAGGAUCCUGCUGCUGAAGACAACGGAUGAAUUUCAAACAUGGUUCCGUGUGAGGGUGCACUGUUUAUACGCCCCUGGUUCCAGUUCUCUGGGAUGUCCACAACGUGGCAUUGUUAAGGAAUCUAGUUACAGCACUGCUACUCAAGUAAUAGAAGAACAGGAGUGCAAAGAGGGGCUGCUGCCUAAAUCCAACGAGUCUGAGCAAACAGAGAUAUGGUACUUUAUCCUGCAGAAUGUGAAGUAUUUGUGGAACCCUGCAUUGCAGAACUUUGUGCGUCUUACAGCGCUUGAGGUUGGCAUUUCCUGCUCAGCUGUUCACAGCUGCCACAGUUCUGGUCUCAGCAAAUCUGUACAAGACUAUCGCAAACUGUUCUAUGGAGCCAAUCAGAUUGAAGUGAAAGUGCCUUCCGUUCCUAAACUGUUGAUUAAGGAGGUGCUGAAUCCAUUCUACAUCUUCCAAGUGUUCAGCAUGGUUCUCUGGACCCUGGAUGACUAUUAUUUCUAUGCUUCUGCCAUCUUUCUCAUGUCCAUGGUUUCUAUCUGCACCUCUCUAUACACUGUGAGAAAGAGACUGAGGCGAUUUUUUCAACUGACUUGGUGCCUGGUGAUUUGAUCUUAGUCCCGCCUACUGGAAUGAUAAUGCCUUGUGAUGCAGUACUAAUCAGCGGAACUUGCAUUGUGAAUGAAAGCAUGCUGACAGGGGAGAGUGUGCCAGUUACCAAAACUAACCUUCCAAAUCCAGCUUGGGCUGCAAAUGGAUUGAUCCAGCAGGAGGAGGUUUACAGCCCAGAAGAACACAAGCGUCAUACCUUGUUCUGUGGCACAACUGUUAUCCAGACACGCUUCUACAGUGGAGAGCCAGUCAAAGCUGUUGUGAUCAGGACAGGGUUUUCAACAUCUAAAGGACAACUGGUUAAUUCCAUCCUUUACCCAAAGCCAACCGAAUUCAAGCUGUAUCGUGAUGCAUACCGCUUCUUGCUGUGUUUGGUGGGAGUAGCAGGAAUUGGCAUGCUUUACUCCAUUAUCAUCAGCACACAGGAGGGGGAGCCUGCUAGUCGCAUUAUUGUGGAAACUUUGGACAUAAUCACAAUAAGUGUACCUCCAGCUCUGCCUGCAGCAAUGACUGCAGGUAUUGUCUAUGCACAGCAGCGCUUAAAAAAGAAGGGUAUUUUCUCCAUUAGUCCACAACGGAUCAAUAUAUGUGGACAACUGAACCUUAUUUGCUUUGACAAGACAGGGACACUAACAGAGGAUGGCCUGGACAUGUGGGGCUUCCUUCGCUGUCAUAUUGGCAGGUUCCUUUCUCUGGAGACAAAUGUGCAAGCUGAACACCUUAUGCGAACGCCCUUUGUUGCUGCCAUGGCAUCUUGCCAUUCCCUCACUAAAAUUGAAGGGAAGACAUCAGGAGACCCACUGGAUCUGAAAAUGUAUGAAGCGACUGGAUGGGAUUUGGAAGAGCCGACAGUUGAAGAGACUGCUCUGCAUGAUCAGAUUAUGCCUACUGUAGUUCGUCCUGCAAACCAGCCACAUAUCAGUACUCAGCCCGGCACAGAUGAGAACACGGAACUUCAUGAAAUUAUGAAGGUCUACGAAAUUGGCAUUCUGAAGCAGUUCCCUUUCUCCUCUGCUUUACAACGCAUGAGUGUAGUAACAAAGACUUUGGGAGAGAAACGGCUUGUUGCAUAUUUGAAGGGGGCACCAGAAACUGUAGUUGCCCUGUGCAAGAGAGAAACAGUCCCUGAACACUUCUCUGAAGUCCUGGAGAGCUACACUCGGUUGGGCCUAAGAGUGAUUGCACUGGCAUACAGGAAGCUUGAGCACAAGUUCACAUGGCACAAGAUACAGAAUGCCAGCAGGGAGGUAAUUGAGUGUAACAUGGAGUUACUGGGCUUGGUAAUGAUGCAGAACAAGUUGAAACCACAGACUAUGCCUGUUUUGCAGGAGCUGCGCCGUGCUUGCAUCCGCAGUGUUAUGGUCACAGGUGAUAAUAUGUUGACAGCUGUCUCCGUUGCUCGGGAGUGCGGUAUGAUUCCUCCACAAGGAAAAGUAAUCAUCACAGAAGCAUUGCCACCAAAGGAGGGCCAGCCUGCCACCAUCCAUUGGCAGUAUACUGAUGAAGUGGCACCUUCGGAGGUCAUAGAGACAGCAGACAGAAAUGAGGAUGUUAAACUCAAAAUAGAAGAUAACGUUUAUCAAGAGGUGCCCCAGGAACAAGAAACAAGUUACCACUUUGCUAUGAGUGGGAAGUCCUUCUCAGUUGUAUUUGAACAUUUCCCUGACCUUCUGCCCAAGCUACUUUUGUGUGGUACUGUUUAUGCCCGAAUGGCCCCAGAUCAGAAGACUCAGCUAGUGGAAGAACUGCAGAAAGUAGAUUAUUACGUGGGAAUGUGCGGAGAUGGAGCAAAUGACUGUGGGGCACUGAAGAGAGCUCAUGCUGGUAUUUCUCUCUCUGAGCUUGAGGCUUCGGUAGCCUCCCCUUUCACCUCAAGAACACCAGACAUCUCCUGCGUUCCACAUCUUAUCAGGGAAGGCCGAGCAGCACUUGUAACCUCUUUCUGUGUCUUCAAGUUCAUGGCCCUUUACAGCCUCAUUCAGUAUCUCAGUGUCCUGCUUCUCUACUCUAUUCUGAGUAACUUGGGAGACAUCCAGUUCUUGUUCAUCGACCUAGCUCUCAUAAUGUCGCUGGCAUUUACUAUGAGUCUGAACCACUCAUGGAAGGAACUUGUCCCUCAAAGACCACCAUCUAGCUUGAUCUCUUUACAGAUGCUGCUGUCUGUUGCUACACAGAUCUUGAUCUGUUUGGCCUUUCAGGUGAUUGCAUUUCUGCUGGUGAAGGAGCAGCCAUGGUAUGAGGAGUGGACCCCAGCCACAGAUGUUUGUCACCAUUCGCUAAACAGCAGCCUGGAUCAUAACACAUCAGCUGAGAUGCUGCUAUCUAACAACACCAUAGAAGAUUCACACAAUAUAAUGAAUUUUGAGAAUACCACUGUCUUUUUCAUUUCUAGUUUCCAGUAUUUGGUUGUGGCUUUAGUAUUCUCCAAGGGGAAGCCUUAUCGGCAGAGCAUCUACACUAAUUAUUUAUUUUUGGCCAGUGUUUUUUUGACUUACAGUUUCAUUCUGUUCAUCAUGAUGUAUCCUAUAAAACUGAUUGAUGAUUUUUUUCAGCUGGUUUGUGUUCCUUAUGAUUGGAGGCUGACAAUGCUGGCUUUGACUGGUGCUAACUUGCUCCUCAGUAUUUUCCUUGAGCUGGAGUUAGAUGAACUUGCUUCUACCUACAGCAGAAGACUGUGUUGCCAUGGUGACAGACCACCUAAGACUAAGUACAAACAGUUGGCACAGGAGCUACUUGUUGAUCCUGAUUGGCCACCACAACCAAAAACAAGUACAAAAGCCAAAGCUACUGUUGCAGAGAAUGAGCAGAGCCGAUGCUGGGAACCACAGACUACACCACUUUGACUUAUUUACAUUGUGAUCAGGGACCAGUAAACUGUAAAGAAGAAAACAUCUGGUAUUUUGAGCAUUUGUUAAGUUGACCAUCCCAUGGGCAAAAGUAGCAUCUUAAAACAAUGCGGCUGCUCCACUCUUUUCUUAUUACUUGGGCUUUUCAUGGUCCAGUGUUCUUGGUUGCCAGUGAUUUUGGAUUUUUGACCUUUCUCAUGCAUUUUUUCGCAGUCUCAAGUUAGCUGUGGUGUACAACUUAAACAAUUUAGUUCCAGUGGCUGAUGAAGGAGAGAUGCAAGACUCAAAGCAGGAUUACGCUAUGCACAGAAUGCCGGGCUGAAUUUUGUCUCUUAACCCAAACCUAAUUCUGCUGAUGUCUUGACAUCAUGCAGAGAUGAGUGUAACAACAGUGACAGUAAUGCUGUCAAAUACAGUCCCUGCAUUUCACUGGUUAGGAGUUAAUCUUGUGUAAAUAUCUACAGGUGAACUACUGUCAUUUGUGCUCAUUUUUGAUACUUAACAGGAUGUUAUUUUUGAGGAUCUACUGCUGUUAUAUUUCCUACAGGGUUUCCAGAACACUGCUAUGGGGGGAGGCGUAUACAUUUUAAACCUCAAUUUCCAUAAGAAGAUCCAGUUUUGCAUUAGCUUACACUUUUCCAAGCAAUGCUUUACUUCAUUCAGGAGCCAGGACUUCAUAUAUUCUGCUGUGUAAAUGCAGUCUGUGUGAAAGGAAAGGCAGCAUACUAAUACACAGAUAUAUUGCUGUGUUAACUGUGUAUGUCUGUGUUGCACAGACAUUUUUUGCACAUCAUGUCCUUUGACCAAGCAUAGUUUUAUGACAGUGGCAGUUCAUUUAAAUUUGUGAGCUUCUGUGGGCUCAUUGUUAUCACAGGUCGUUUUUUACUACAUUAUUUCCUGUUCUGCCUGUAGUAAAAGUCUACUGCUGUGGUCCAGAAAAUAUGCCUACGUUGUUUUCAUAAAAUCAUGUGCAUUUGUUUUUCAACCAUCAUAUUUGAUAGUUUCUCUUCAGUCCUAUUCCUGCAGUCAAAGUUCCAAGUUAGUUGGUUGCUCUUUCCAUGUAGUUUAACAACAGAAGCAGUUCUUCUCACUUACAAAACGCCUUUGGCCAGAAAACAGUAAAAUAUACUUCAUUUGUCUUGUCAAGUUAAAAGUCAUGCUAAAAGCUGUUGCUGUAAUAUAUGAUAAAAGUUAAAGGUCAUACUAAAAGAUACUGUUUGAACAUGUGAUAAAGGUUGAAGGUCAUACCAGAAAGUACCGCUGUAUAUAUAAUUGCUCACAUGAGGUAGUGAAAGAUUUGAAAAAAAUCACAGUUUGCUGCAAGUUGAAGUGGCUUCGUGAAGCAACAUGUCCUAGGACAGUGAUGGCGAACCUAUGACACGCGUGUCAAAGGUGACAUGCCACAAUGUUUUGAGUGACACACCAACGUUCACCAACAUCUGAGUUACCAAAGAAACUGAAUGAACAAAAAUACAAGAAACGUGACCCUGCAUUAUCCAUCAAAACUUAGAAACUAAAAAGUCAUUAAUUGAUUUUAAUCCAUAUUUUUUUCAGUUCAGUUCAAAAUUACUAUUAAAAGUAGGGUAAUUUUUGGUGCACUAUUUUAAGCCCAAUUAUUGGUGCACAUAUCGUUUUCUGUAUUGUAAGUCACUGAUUUUUCUUUUACUUUUAAUAUACAAAGCAGCACACAUGAUUGGACUGUAUU